AUGUCGUCGAAAUCCUCUAGACCGCCCUCCUUCACACAGUCGCGCAGGCUGAGCCGGAACAGCAUACACAGUAACAGAAGUAUAGAACAGCUGCGCGACAACGGCAUGGGGAACUUAGCCGACGAGCUAGAACAAGCGUGGGACGACGAGGUGGAUGAAGAGGAAGGGCAGUCCAUCUUCCUCGAGGGACUUCGGGAGGGUGACGUAGCACAAGACUCGUCUAUGAUGCGCGAUAACCAGAGCCCUAUGCAUGAUCUCGGCUUUGGCAUGGUCUCGCAGAGCCCACGGGACCAAAUCAAUGGACUGUCCCCGACAGCAAAUGUGCCGCUGAACCGCAGGGAUUCGCAACCACCAGAGCCCAAAAAGCCGGGGGCACAUCAGAGACACGAGUCCGCUUACGAUGGUUCAGAUUACGGUCCGGAAUCGGAGGCCGAACAAGAGGACGAGACACUGUCGCCGAUGCUGCGAAAACGACUCCGCGACAUUGAGAACCUGACGCGCAUGUGCGUUAACCCCGAAGACGCUGUCAGCGAGGGCGGAGGAACGGUGCGCCGCGUGAUAUCGGGCUUGAAGGAUCUUGGGCCACAGGCGAAUAUAGAGUACGGUGUCACUCGCUUGAGUACGGCAUACACGUCACUGGCAACGCACAGGACACACAAGACACGAGACCUGUUUACGCAGUCGCAUUCCCUCAUGUACGGUGGCUCGCUAUGGCAGCUACCGGAAGAUCUAAUUGACUUACUCCUUGACGACAUCAACGAGCUGGCCGCGGCCUUACCCUUCCUGCGACCUCAGAACCCGCUAUUAUCGCUGCAGAUUUUCGCGUCUCAGACGGAUGAACUCACGCAUACCCUUCGCUCUCUUACGGAUCUACUUCAGGAGUCGCGCCUGGCCUCCUCGGCCGCCACGAGAAAGCUCAAGUCAGUCCGCGACAUGGUCGAUGACAUGGUCCUGGAGGAAGAGCUGGUGGAGAACAGUAUACUUUUGAUACAAGCGGGCGACUGGGAUCGAAGGUGUCGCACUCGGCAGGCGGCGCGGACAUGUCAAGAAGUGUGUGAGGGCUUUGCGGACCGCUGGGGUGUACAGUGUGAUGUGGACCUGUUGGCGCUGGCUGAGGGCUGA